UUUAGGACCCCGUGAAGCCGCCGGUAGUUUUGGUCAAAUGUUACACAAGCAUAGGUGGACUGAGACGGUUGCAUUUGAUAAAUCACUCGUGCGGAGUUUGUAGUGAAAACUGUAGGACGAGACCAUGGACAGGACGGUUAGCCUUCCCAGUCGGCCUGACAAAACCAGCACAGCGACUCUGGUCGAGAGCAGCAGCGCCCCCAGCGGGUUGGAACUGGUCAGCUCCUACCAGACCAACAGAGUCGGGGACCCCACGGACCUGGUGGCCCUGGCAGCACAAGUACAGAAGGGAGAUGAUUUCAUUAAAGCCAACGCUUGCAACAAACUGACAGUUAUCGCCGAUCAGAUCAGAUACCUACAGGAACAGGCGAGAAAGGUUUUAGAAGAGGCUAAAAGAGAUUCUGACCUCCACCACGCUGCCUGUAACAUAGUGAAAAAACCAGGCAACAUGUACUACCUCUACCAGCGGCCAUCUGGACAGAAAUACUUCUCCAUCAUCUCUCCUAAGGAAUGGGGCCCAAGUUGCCCUCACUCAUUUGUCGGUGCAUUCAAACUACAACAUGACAUGUCCUGGACCCCUGUGGACGAGGUGGAGAAGAGGGACGCUGAGAUCGCCAUCAUGGACAAACUCCUCAGCCAGCAGACUGCCCUACCACCUUACACAGAACCCAACUUCAAGGGCCUUUCUGAUUAAAGGACUGCUGAAACUGGAAUGAAUGGAGGACUGGGAUUUUAUAAAGGACAUAUGGUGGAGACUAACUCUGCUCUUAAUGGACACCAGUUGAACUGAGAAAAAUCCAUACAUGGAUUGGCAUCACUGAUAUCAAAGUGUCACAGUGUUUCAGUGACUUCCAUGUACUGCCUUAAGUGUACAAUGCAUUACUACAAGUUUGUGUUCCUAUAUAGUGGCAAACUCAAGGAUCAUUUUUUAUUUUGUCUUUUAUUUGUAGCCAAUGAGAUGUCAAUUGUUUUGACUGUACGUGGUAAAUAAAUUACAAAAUAUUAAGUUUUCAGACAUUUGUUUUAAUUUCAGGUCA